AGAUUAAAUUAAACCAAAUCAAAUCAAAUAGAACAAUAACAUAUUUACCACUGAUUUAAAGAGAUUAAAUUAAAAGUUGUAUCCAAUUAAAAGUUAUAACAUCCUUGUUUUACCACACAAAAGAGUAAAAAGAUAAAAAAAAAAAAAAAAGAUAAGCUACCAGCUUGCACGGUUUACCCUACAGUCCUAUUCAAGUUCUGCCACCUUUACGGACGGAGGAGUGUUCAUUACACAAGUCAGAGCCUCUCCAUCUCUCACCCUUAAAAUCUCUUCCAUCCUGCACUCUGUAGUAUACUGGCUCUUCCAACCAUGGACGGUUUCAGCUUACUCAAGUUCUGGCGCAAUGGCGGUACUGUCGGUGGAAUUAGCAGAAUCCUCACCCGAGACGGCUGCGCCACUGCUCCUCCCACCGGCACCACUACCAUCCUCACCGCCGUGACUCCUCUUUUAUCCGACCCCGAUUCGGACUCUGACUCAGACGGUCCCUUCAUCGACUUGGAAUUCACUUCCGCUCCGGAAGACGAACAUGGACGAAUCAGUGGUCGUGGAAAUGAUGACGGCGAACAUUCCGAGCAGGUUAAGCGUAAUGAACAACAUGCAGCUGAAGAAGUCAACGGGAGCGAGUCCGACGAGUCGUCGUACAAUGAGAAUGAAGAAGGCGAGCUAAAUUUGACUUUCUCUACGUCCUCCGGCUCGAGUGUUGACCGUACGGAUCCGUACGGAUACCUUUCUCCCUCAGAUGACCUUUUCUGUAAAGGCGGUGACCUUUUUCCGGUGAACGAUUCGGAAACCAAUUCGAAAUUCCAGGCGUCUCUGGUCAAAACGGCAACUAAAUUCAGAGUCCUAAUGUUGAAAUUGAAGAAGGCGAAGGCCACAAAUCCCGAACAGAAAGCCGAGAAAUCACAGCCCGAAGGAUCAAAUCCAGCGAAACCAAGGCCGAGUCAAAAACAAAUUAAAGCUGAGAAUGAAAAAGAUGAGAGUCAAAUUCGGACGGAGAAGAGCUCUUUGACGGUGAGAUUCAAGGUUGAAGAACUGAAUAUCAUUAAAUCUCUCUUUAUUAGGGAUACCGCUUCAAAAAACGGCAACAAUGGUGAUGGAAAUUCGCAUUCAAAUGUCGAACCGAGUUCGAGCCCUAGCUCAUUUCCAGACGAGAAGAAAUUUUCCAAAGACAUGAUGAUGGAAAAAUACUUGAAAAUGGUAAAGCCGUUGUACGUCCGUGUCUCGAGGCGUUACGGCGAGAAGUUGAGGUUUUCAGGACAGCUGAGUUUGUCCGGCGGAGGAGGAAUAAAGGCAGCUCCAGUUGCACCGCCGCCGCAGUCUACGGCGGAGAAGGUGCUGAGAGGCGAAACUGCACCGGCGGUAGAAGUAGCUGAGAACGCGUCGGUAUUGAGUAACGCCAAGAGUGUGAAGCAGGGGAGCCUACCGGCGGGGCUGCGAGUUGUCCGGAAACAUUUAGUCAAAAGCCGGUCAGCGCCGCCAGCGGCGGUUGUGUCCGGUCAAGUGUCAUCGCGGAGGCGUGACGACUCGCUUUUACAACAAGAAGACGGAAUUCAAGGCGCCAUUUUACACUGCAAAAGGUCAUUCAACUCAACCCGAGACUCAAAUUUGCGCGUUUUAUCUCGGUCAACGAGCGAAGCAUUUCAAGGAAACCCCGUGAACUUGCCGGGUGAUGAAAUUGGACCCGUAGCCCAAACGGGUUAAUUAUCGAUUUCUGAGGUUUCAAAGUAGUUAGUUAAUUAAGAAAUAAAUUGCGUAGUCUGUAGUAAUAGUAAUUAUGGGUAUAAGAUUAACAUUAAUAAUUAGGAAAAUAUAUUAUUGCUUCUUCUUCCAGCCAGAAGAAUCGAGCCUUUGACUAAGUCAAUGGUAUUUUGCUAGCGAUAUCAUUCGUUGAUCCGAGAGAUUCUCAGGCCUGAUUUGGAAUGGGAUGAGAGACUGGUGAGGAGUGAGUAGUCAAUUAUGUGUGAUGGUUUUAGCCUUUUACCCAUGUAAAGUACGGAGUAAAAGAAAGGCGUCCCUUUUUACAGUUGUGGAUAAUUUCAGGCAAUUGUGAUGUGCUUUCACUUCCAUUCUCCAUACGGUAACUCUAUGCUUCAGCUAAUCUUCAGCAUUGAAGUCUUCAUACAUAGACGGUAAUUAUUAGGGUCUGACCAGUCUGGUGUCCGUUCAUGAUUUCCUCCAUUAAAAUGUUUCAAGGAUUCAAAUUAGGAUGAAUUGCAAUUGACUGGAUUGGCUAAUUUGGUGACAUAUACGAGUAUGAACUUUUGAGUGAUUUGGUUAUCCAAAUGGAUGGCUAGUUUUAGAUUUAUAAAAAAAAUAUUAUACUCCCUCCGUUUCUAAAAGAACCUCACACUUUCCUUUUUUGGAUGUGCUAAAAUAAAAGUCACACUUUCCUUAUUUCCUUAUUUGACAAAGAAAUUUACAUCCAAACAGUGCCAAACAGUGCUAAACAGUGCCAAACUGUGUCCAAACAGUGCCAAAAAGUGUCUAAACAGUGUUUUCUACAGUAAAGUCAAUUUAUUUCCUUAAUAAUCGUGAAGUCAAACCGUGACCUUCUUUUAGAAACGGAGGGAGUACUACGUAUUUAAAAUACUAGUAUAUUCUAUUAACAAAAUAAAAGAAAAAUUACAUAGGAAAAUAACUAAAAUGAUUUUGUACAGUAAGUUCAGUCAAUAUAGCUAGAAAAUGGACUUCAAUCUUAUGUUUCUUAUUACUACAUAAUUUAGCAUCAAAUCAAACGUUAUGUGUUUGGUGAAAAAUUAGUUAUUAAAAUUGAUAAGACAGAUAAGACUGAUAUGCCGUAAAACAUGGUCACCAAACGAGUUCUUGAAGUCCUUUAUAACCUCUAUUAUUUUUCGCUUUGUAUCUUUACCAGAUUGGCCAAUUUUUUGUACCACAACAACAUCAUUUAAGCCUUAGUCCCAAAAGUUAUUGAGGUCAGCCAAUUUUUUGUACCAAAUAUGUAAAUUUUGAUUUUAUAUUAUAAAUUUUAUCAUAGUCAGAAUUAGUUUGACUCAAAUAAUUUUAAAUAAGCAUUUUAGUUACUCCCUCUGUACUUUAAAGUUUGCUACACUUUCCUUUUUGGAAUGUAUUUAAAAGUUUAUUACACUUUCCCCUUUUGGUAAGUUUUUUUCUUUAAAAAUACUCAACUAUUCUUACUUUUUUCACGUUUUAUUUUCUCUUUCAUACUUUGACACACUCUCUUCUACUUUUUCUACAUUAUUCAUUACUCCUACUACUUUAUCCUAAAACUUUGUGCCCAAACUUAAUGUAGAGAACAACUAAAUAAGGAGAGAAUAUGUUUUUCACUUUUUUCCCUUUAUUUCAUCAUUUUAAAUAUAAUAAUGUUCUCACGAUUCACAAUAUUUAGCCAAUUCAGUGUAAUCAAACGAAUUUUUAAUUCUACAAAAUGUAAACCUAUUAAAAAUGAAAUCUUUAUAGCCGGGAUCUGGGUCCAUUCCCGAAACUAUAAUUUGCGGACCUGCGGAUUUCGAUCCGAAAAUGUGCGAGCCGCGGUUCAAGUGCUGGACCAUAUAUCCACCCCUGUCAAUAUUUAUGUGUAAUUAGAAGGUUCCCUAUUAGGAAAGUUGUUACGGAACAAUCACAAAAUAUCGUCUUUUCUCUUCUUUUCGGGUUCUCAGUUUGCUUUUGUUUUUAUUUGAGCUGUGGGAAACUUAAAUUUCAUCCUAGUGUCCGACGAAGCAUCAUGCUUGGUCUUUGUCUACGAUAGAUGUUUUUUAGCUGGUGGUAAGGCCGUGAGAGGGAGGUGAUGUUGAGCUUUGUUCCACACAAUUUGUUUUCUUCCGAUUAAAACGUGGCGAUAAACUACACAGGCAAUUCUGUGGGUAGGGUGUUCAUUUGCCAAUUGCCACUAAUCAUUGUUUUUUGUUAGGAAAUUUAUCAAAUUAAGACGUGAAAAUUGAGUUUACUAUCAAUUCUGGGCCUAAAAGAUGAUGGCUCUUAUUAAGGGACCCUAAAGAUGAUAAUCUAUCAAUAUAAGACUCAAGUAUUUAACACCGUUAACUAUUUUUAACGGGAUAUGGCAUGGCCGCCACGCAGAUCAAAAGUCCUAGCAACCUAAUUCUUUCUCCUGUUUAAAUUUAUUUUAUUUGGAUUUCCUACUACUCUCUCUUCGUUCUUUUCACCUUCCUUCACAAACUUCACAGACUUCUAUCUUAUCCUCAUCUUUAGCUCCAGAAAUUUCAACAAAUCUCUUCCACUCCCAGCCGCACCUCCUCAUCUCAUAUAUAAGAUGUAUAAUAUCGUUUAGAAAUUACAUUCAAUUAGUUAUGCAAAAUAAUUUCAGCCUCUUAAGGUGAAGAUAAUGAUUUACUCGUUUUAAUUUUGGUGUUGUUAUGAUUUAUUUACUACUCCUUAUUGUUUAGUUCCAUAUCAAUGAGAUUGAACUAACUAUAUAGCAUAUAAUUUUACGCUAAUCUAGCAUUAGGACACAAUGGAGAAGAGAGUAACUGUAAAAAAAAAUACAUAAUGAUCUAUUAUAGUUCAAACCUUUUGACAAGAUGAAAUUUGCAGAGUUCUGAGAAAACUUGUUAAAAGCAAAACGACCCAGAUGAGAGUUACUGAUGAUGGUAAGGAUUCAGAGACAUAGCUUACUGAUGAUGGUAAGGAUUCAGAAAAAUAGCUGAUGAAAAAAAUCUUGUGUAUGAGGAGGAAAACAUCGACUUUCUCUUGAUUAAGCGGCUGCGGCUGUAACCCUACAGGGUAUCUACUACGUGUAUUUUGUAAUUAAAUCUACACUGCAUUGAUUAUUAUUUGAUUUAAUUUAAUUAUUUACCCUACGUGGCGGCCAUGUCAUAUUCCGUUAAAAGGGGAUUAACGGUGUUAAUUCUUUGGGUCUUGUAAUGAUAGAUUAUCAUCUUUUAGUUCCCUAAAUGAGAGGAAUUAUCUUUUAGGUCCAAAAUUGAUAGUAAACUCAUCUUUUAGGGUUUAAAUCAAUAAAUUUCUUUUGUUAUUAUAAGAAAAUGACCUGCUUGGGAAUUUGGACUCGAGCCAAAACAUACAGGACGAUCCAUUAAUGGCUCCUUUUUGGCUUGUUCAUUAUCUAGUCACUAAUCACUACUAACUAGUCGGGUGCGCCCAGCUCGUUCAUUUUGUUCCACACCACUUCCACUCCAACUUGACUAUGGGUUUUUUGGUUUUUUCUUAAAUGUUACUACUCCUACUUGAAAAUGUUUGUCAUAUUGAGUUUUUUUUUAUUAAUGAUAAUUUUUUGGACAGUAAUUUUAAUUAUUGUUUUAUACUUCGUAUUUCAUUUAUAAAUUUUAUACUUUUAUGAAAAUAUUUUAAAUAAGGAACAUUUUGAUAUAAUUUUUAUAUUUAAAAUAAUUUCUUAUUAAAAAUAUCAUUGGUCAUAGUUAAUUUCUAUUGAGCAAGAAAAAUCAAUUUGGCGAAUAUUUUCAGAAUGAAAGGAAUAUUAUAUUACAAUAUUACAAUUGAUUCUCUAAAAGUGAUUACUUUUGUACAAGGAUAAAAAAU